AAAUACGAUUAUUCAGCUUAGAAAAUUCUCUCCACUGAAACGUUCUUAUUCUUUUUAAAAUAAAAUAAAAAUGUUUGUUAUCAGUAUGGGGUUGUGGAGAUUGUUAAUUUUUUGGUUGAGAUCAUUGACUGAUUGAUGUUAUCGGAUCCCUCAGCAGUGCGCAUUCACGAUCCCGCGCGCGCAACUCGAACCCAGGACUUUCGGUCUCGCACGCGAACGCUUAGCCUAUAGAUCACUACUAAGGCAUCCAACGGUAUUAGUGUCUAACUUCAACCAAUCCACGUGUCAGGUAGAGACAGGCAUCUACCUCAGAUAAUGGUUGAAGUUAAACAUUAACACCGCUAGAUACCUUAUCAGUGGUCUAGAGGUUAAGCAUUCGUAUGUGAGACCGAAGGCCCUGGGUUCGAGUUCCGCACUAUUGAGGAAUUCCAUACUAGAACAAAACGGUCGUUCAGGGUUCUUAGGUUUUUAAUGGUGGUCUAACAUCAAUCGAUUCAUGAUCUCAAUCAAUAAAAGUUUUAUGAUAUUCUAACGUGAUGUGUGGGAUUCAAAAUCCAAAAACCAUUUAUAUAAAUAUCAACAUGAACAAAAUGUAUGCCCCCUACAUAUUUAGUCACAUAUACUAAAUAGUAUAAUAUUUUUGAUGAACACAUUAUUCUCUCUCUUAUCAUCCACAUUGUUAUAUAAGUGUCCUAUUUCUUAAAUUAGUCAAGAAGUGAAAGCAAACACAGAAAUGAUGUAGUAAUUUAUAAUGUGUAAUAUUCAUAUUCAAAAUAGAUUUGGCUUAUAAUUGAAAGUUGUCCAAUUGUUGUUUUAAUUUAAAAUGUAGAUUAUCUGAAUUUUUUUUAAUCCAUAGGUAGGACUUUCAAUAGUGUAAUAAGAAGACGAAGAUUAUCAGAACUACGUGAUGAUAUAUUAGCGUAAUACAUUUCGAACGAUCGGAUCACACACAUAAUACACUUGUUUAGAAUAUUUAUUAUAUAAAAAUAAAAGGUCAACUAGACCGAAAAUGGGGUAAGAGGAGACAACGAUGGUGAUAAUAAUAAGAGAAAUAACUAAUAAUAAGCCAAUAUUACCAGGGUGUUUAAGAUAACAUAAAUGAUCUUAUAUUGAGUCGAUAUUUUCUUCAACAAUAAUGCCUAAUUUCUAUGAUCGUCUUUCAUUCUCUGAAUAUAUUUACAGAAUCAAAUUAAAAACUAUAUUCAACAAUAAAAUAUACAAAGAGAAUAAUAAUUUCAUAAAAGAUUUAUCAUUUCAUUCAUCAAUAACAUAUUCACAAUUACAUAAUUUUGAAUCAAUGACAUUUUCAUUGGAUCAUGAAAAUGAUAUGAAUUAUUAUGAUUAUAGUAAACAUGUUAUCAUAAACACUGAUACGUUGAAAUGUAUCAAUCAAUGUUUAUUAAUAACUGAUCAAAGUAAAUAUCAAUUAAUCUCUGGUAUCAAAUAUAGAGUUUAUUGGUAUCAACUUGCUAAAAGUCAAGAAUUUCUUAAAUGCCUAAUAGAAAUAAUACCCACUGGUUAUGGUGAUCCAUAUUUUCAAGAAAUUGCUAUGAUAGUAUUGACAAACAUAUGUAUACUUGCUGGAUAUAAAACUAAAUAUUCAAGAUUCGAUGACUGUCAAUCUGCUUUACAAAAUUUGAUUCAUAUUACUGCUGGACCACUUGUCAUCUUUUCAAGUUCAUCUAAUCUAGGCCAAAUUACAAUUUGGUCAACUCAAGCUUUAACUGGACUAUUGAAAGCAACAUUUAUUUAUUAUCCAAAUUUAUGCGUGAAUUAUGAACAAAAUGUUUGGAUGGAAAGAUUGUUGUUGUUUUCUCAUGUUAUUCAUGUUCUUCAUAGAUUACUACCUAAAGUCUUCCUAGUUGAAUCAUCUAAUUUCGGCACAUAUGAAUUAUUGAAACAGUUAAGCAAACACAUUAAUGAUGCUGAAGACUCUCUCAAUUUGGAUAUUUUAUCAUCACAUUUGAAUCUUCUAACAAUAAUUCUAAUGAGAUUGCCAUCAGUACAAGUGCUGUUAUCCUCAACAACAACAACAUCAUCAUCGGAUGAUAAAAUUAGAAUACAAGAAGUGGAUAAAUUUCUUGCCAUAAUACAAUAUGGAUUCAUGAAUUUAUGUUUGGCUGUCGGGAAAGUUUGGUUGUGUCCUGCAUGCACAAAUAAUUUAAUAGAUCAAAGUGUUUUCGAUUUUCUUAAUCAAGAUCAACAAAUUACUGAUGAUCCGUUUUUAAAAACAAAAAACUGUACACCCAAUUCUUCUUAUGAUCUAUUAUUAUUUCUUUAUGAUUUAUUAAAAUUAUUAUAUAAUUUAAUUAAAAUUUCUUAUUUAAAAAUUUAUUUUCAUAAAAUUCAUUUCAAUCUUAUUCAAUGUUUAUUAUAUUUAGGCAAAUGUUUAUAUUAUUAUUGUUGUUGUUCGAAUUUAGAUUAUCCAUCAUUGAUAUCACAAUGUAUAUUCUAUAUCAUACGUAUUAUUGGUUGUAUAUGUUAUGAUCAUGAUCAUGAUCGUGAUGAGAUUCAGAUCAGAUCAUCUUUCAUUAAUUCUGUUAUAUUAUGUAAUCAAUUAUUCAAUAAUUUUUUAUUACUUAUUCAUUGGUAUUAUCAAUCUAGAUGUUCAUGGUCUAUAUGUGGUAUUGAAUUAUGUUGGUGUUUAACUAAUUUUAUACAAUAUUUCAAUAUAUCAUUAUUUCAACAACAAUCUAAUCAUCAAAUGUUAGAUCAUUUUAUUGAUUGUUUUCUAUUUAAAGUAUUCACUUUAGAAUUAGGUACUAAGGAAGUAAUGCGUUUAUUAUAUAUUAGUAUGAAUAUUAUGAAUAAUAAUAAUAAUAGUAGUAGUAGUGAUAUAUGUGAUCCUGAUAGAGAUCAUUUCUAUUGGAUCAAGAUCUUAAACUCAUUAAAUGAUCAUUUGAAGUCUCAAUUGAUUUAUUGGAAAUAUUUAAAACAAAAUUUACCAAUGUGUUAUAUUGAAACAUUUAUAGGUUUGUUUAAAUUCUUAUCACUUAUAAACAUGAAUAAUAAUAAAGUAUUGCAAGAAUAUAUUGUAAAUAAUUGUCCUAUAUUAUAUAAACUAUCUAUUAUAUGUAAUGAAACAUUGACAAGAAUGUCAUCAUCAUUACCUUCAAUAUCAUUGGAAUUAUUGACAAUGGAAGAAAUUAGAGAAAUUUUAUAUUCUAUGAAUUCUAGCACAGAUAUUAUAUCAUAUAUCAUGUCAGUUCUUGAAUAUAUAUGA